AGCUUCGGACCAAAGCCUACUGUGCAAUGUGGCGAGGGGGCCAGGGCCUAAGAUGGCCUCAGAGCCACAGAGCGCCACAGAUAACACUAUGCCAGUUUACUAACAAACACACAACGCACCCAUCAUCCUUGGGAUGGGAGGCCUCACUUCCAAGACCGGAAGUACUCCAUUUUCCACACUUUGCCCGAGGAUGGGUUCUGUGCUAACUCUCGGGGCACUCGGCCUCACAGCAUUCAUGACUUCGGACCUGAGAUGGGUGGAGGCUGCUGGCCCUUUGCCUUCGGAGGUUGGGUGGGUUUGGAGCACGUUGGACACCGGGGGAGGCUUCGGCGCUGCCAGCACGUCCUGUGUGGGGUGGGGCCUCGCGUCACUGGGGUGGGACGCUCUGGGCGUAUUCAUUGGGCCCCGCCCCUGGAAUCCUAGCGGCUGGGGGGCGGGUUCAGUGCGGGGUGACGUCAGGACGCCAGCUCCUCCCUACGCCGGGGGUGGGAUCUGAAGACCGCUGCCGUUAAGGGCAUGGGGGCUCAGCCGAGCAGUGGCCAAGGCGCCCCGGAGCCGGCGCAGCCCCAACCCGCAGCGCUGGAGGGCCCGGAGCAACCACGGCCCCCGCCGCAGCCACAGCCGCAGCCCGAGCCCGGCGCAUGGGGGCCGCUGGAUGACGUGCGUUUUCUCAUCGCCUGCACCUCCUGGUACUGACUGGGCCGCUGGAAGAUGAAGCCGCCCCCCUCAUCCCCUGCCAGCAGCUGUCCCUGCACUUGGACUCCCUGGCAUGGUCUGGUCUCCUGUCCCCACGACCCCCUGUCUUCCUCACUCCUCUCCCAGUGUCGGGCAGAAAAUUGCAAGAGGUCGUAGGGGAUUGGAAGCAGGGCCGCCACCUCCGGGCUGCGAACUGCCUCAGACCCUGAGUUUGUUUGCCUUCCAGCUCGUACCCAAUCCCAGCUCGUACCCAAUCCCAGCUCACUUUUUUGCUCAGCCCUGACCCAGUUUGGGGCCUGGGGCAGCAACCUCCCCAGCCUGAACCAGAACCAGGUCAGGCCUCCUGGCAGUCCCAGCACGGCCCCACGUACCACAGUGCCCCUAAAGGGAGGUUGCGCCCUCCGCUGGUCUGGCAGGUGCGAUGUGGGGAGCACCACCCUGUUCCCCCAGAACCGCAUCUUUGUUCCCACAUCCCAGGGAAAUGACACAACUCUGUAUUUCUGUUUUAUUUAGAAAUGAUUUAAAAAACAUUAUACAAAGGCUGAUCAGUUUAAAAUGUGA